AGAAAAGUGGGCAGAUUUUACACUUUGCCUUUGACCCUUCUGAGCCGCCGUAGUUUAGAGUCCGGAAGCACCAUCAUGGCUAUCGUGAAACUAAAAACUCUUUGCUUUAAAGAAAUUGGAAUGCCUCAGCAUUAUCUUUCCUAGUGUUGAAGGAGUGAGGCCUAAUCCUCUGCGAUCACACUCCAAAAUGUCAGGCCAAGAGGAAUCAGACAAGGCUGUGGACAUGUGGUCCUCUCUUCGCUGCCUGGGGUAUCUCUCCAGCUUCAACCUGCUGGUCGCUGUGUGUUUGGGAAUGUACGUACGAUGGGAGCAGACCUCAGAAUCCAUGAUUCUGGUCAUUUUCAUCCUGGGUUUGUUCGUUUCAGCCAUAGCUUGUAUCCUCUACUACUACUUUUCAAUGGAGUCGGCCAGUUUAUGUCUCUUCCACCUGUGGUUCGGCUUCUUGCAGGGUCUCCUGUGCUUCCUGAACUUCCCCUCUCUGGAGAAAGACAUAAAGGAACAGGUUACAAACUACCUGUUGCUCUCUAGCGUGGCAGUUCGGUCGCUCUGGGCCCUGACAGAACGUCUGUGCGGUAGUGCUAAGUAUAAACCAGUCGUUCUGACCUCAUCUGAGCUCCUAGAGCUCCUGGGAUUUGGUGUAGCAAGCAUCAGCUUGGUUUUCCACAAAUCACUAGCCAUGAUUGCUCUGACUUUUGCUUUAAUGGCCCUUAUUGUGGACCUUCGCAUGAAGUCGCCCUUGGCUCUCCCUAAUCUUGCCUCCUUUGCUGUUAUCACCGCCGUUACCUUCUUCCAGUCCUUGGAGAUCCAAACAAACCCCUUCGUGCUCAGUUGCUUCCUGGGACGGCUGAUAUGCGAGCCCCUUCUAGACGUCUACUUCAGCGGCUUGUCGGCGACAGAGCGCUGGAAGCAGUUUCUCUCGGCUGGCCGCCUGUGGAGGAUAUUUUGUCUGUUUCCGCUGGGAUUCGUUGAGCUGGCGUUCUUUGUGCUCUGUGCCCUGAAGCUGGGUAACAUGAAAGCCUGGUACCUGGUCAUCCCUGGCUUCUGCGUCUUUGGCCUCUUGUGGAUCCUGUCCCACAUGGUGUUCCUUGUCACACUAUGGUGCUUCAACACCAAGCUGAGCGAGUGUCAGAAGUUGUGGGCGACCCAGCGCUCACAAACGCUCAAUUUGGACAGGAUUAUGGCCUCUAGGGGCAUGCGCCAUUUCUGCCUCAUCUCCGAACGGCUGGUGCUCUUCUGCCUGAUGUCCACCGUCAUAUUAGCGGCUGUUUCAUGGCAGGUCACUUCUGGACUCUUCAUGAGUGUGUUUUUAGUGGUCCUGCCACUGGAGUCUCUGGCUCACGGACUCUUCCAUGAACUGGGCAGCUGUUUGGGAGGCACCUGCGUUGGGUAUGCGGUGGUGAUUCCCACUUACUACAACAGUGCGGAUGGCCAGCCAUUGCUGUUGCCUCCAGGGCAAGCCCAGGAAUUGCACUCCACAGCCACUCUGAAUGCUGUGCAGCGACUCUUCUCCCACCACCUCAUCCAGACCUUCGGAUGUGAUUACUCCACCAGUCUAAGCCUGGAGACCCUGCAGGCCAAACUGCGCUCCUUUCUGGAGGUCUGCACCGCCGAAGGCCCGCGGCACGACACUUACGUCCUAUACUACAGCGGCCACACGCUUCCCAGCGGAGACUGGACUUUGGCAGGUGGCGAUCACUUGCGUCUGCAGCAGAUCCUUGAUAUGUGGAGAGAAAGGAACAGUGACCUCUCCUCCCGCCUCAUCCUGGUCCUGGACACUGAGAAUUCGGCGCCGUGGGUGAAGGCGGUGCAGAAGGUGGAAGGGAUGUAUGUUGCGGUACAGGGAGCCAAGAUGAGCCCUGUCCAGGAUGCCGAAGCCCAAGAAGCCCCCCGUCUGGGAGACUUCACCUCUGAGUGGGUAAAAUAUAACUGUGAUCCUGACAGUGGCGUGCAGUGGUCAGAGAGGGGUCGGGUCAUCUCCGCAAUAUAUGGCGUGUCCAAACCCUGGAGUGACUACACCCUCCACUUGCCCACUGGGAGCGAUGUGGCCAAGCACUGGAAAACACACUUCCCCAAGACCACAUACCCACUGGUGGCUGUAGCCAACUGGUGCUGCGGACUUAACCUCCUGUGGCUGUGUAGUGUGUGUAUGCGCUGCGUCAGGCGACUGAAACUCUCUUGGUUCCCUCCCAGCAUACUGGACACGGGGCAGGGGAUCAAACUAGUCCGAUCAUAGGUGACCAAUUGCUUUAUACAUCACCAUAUAUAUUUUCUAUGCAGUUUUUGGGAUAUCAUUUAUUGAGUGCUCCGUUGCCUUUUACUUUAGGAACCGGAUUGAGCACCAUUGUCAAAUGAUGACUUCUGUUUAUCUGUUCCCACACAAUAUAGCCUCUGUCUUAUAUCGAAUCUGUGAUCUUUCACAAUAUUGAGACUGUCAGUGUCAAGUGCCUUGUGCUAAUUUAUUAGGUUUUAAGUGGAUUUUUUUUCAUUAUGUGUGUGAAAUACGUUUAUUGCAACGAAUUUGGUCUCAGGCAUAGUUAAACAAGAAAUCUCAAUUGUUCUUUUAGAAGGUUGUUAAUUAUUUUUGUUUUUGCCAAGAAGUAAAGCAGGUCUGGUUGAGUUGUUCCUCAAGACCUCUUCAACACCCAAUGUUUAAUCAUGCCAUAAUGUAUUUUGUAUUUUCAGUGGGGUUUUUGUUUUCAAGAGUUGACCUUUAUUAAUUCUUUAUCAACAGACCUGCAUCCUUUAAUAAAGACUUGUUUAAAAUAAGCAGCUUGUUAGGUGUUCCAGCAUGUGUGAUAUACAUACCUCUGUUUAGUGAUGGUUAGCAUAAAUUGUUCUGUUAAUACGACCAGCACUUGGUGUGUCUUAAUCGGCUUCCUACUUAGUUCACUGUCCAAUUUCUAGGACUGUCCCAUUGUUACAGUGCUAUGAAACAUCCAUAAAACCUCUGAAUACUG